UCACAGCUCCGUCGUCACCCCUCCAUCGAAAUGUCCUCGCCCACCUCAUCGUCCCACUCUCUGCUUCCCACUUCUUCCACUUUCCACCCGCGAUUGGUAUCGCAUCUUGUCGAUUCCACCUCUCCGCGGGUGACUCCACCUUGGCCUUGCCAGCAACUAACGGCAAAGCUGCCGACCCCGACACGAGAUAACCUCGCUUGAGCUUGGAAAAGAUGCCUUCAGCCGACGGGUUCGAGCCGUCAAUGGACGACGGCAGCGUCCCCAACGAAAGCCGUGGGAAGCCUUGGCCGUUCUACAGCCCUGCUCAGCAAAUAAACAUCGAGAAGAAGUACUUCGAGGAGGGUGCCACGAUCCACUUUGACCGAUUACCGCCCUUGCAGUGGUGGGCGCCUCUCACCGCGGUCAGUGAAGGCGUGCGCGUCGGCUACAUUACGAAGAAGACCGUCGAGGUGUCCGUGGCCGCUAACCGCCGUCUGACCGCCGAUGAAGUCAACGCUGCGAGCGAGCAUGCUGCUCGUUCCGUCCGGUACCACUCUUACGUGCCACUCCUGAGCCUUUCCCUCACCUGCUUCAUUACUUGGGGCGGCCGGAAGACCUUCAGGUUUCCCUUCUAUACUCCCAAACGCCACAUCUUCGAUCCCCGCGUCUUCCCCAUGAGAUCCCGUGCAUAUUUCAGGGGUUGGAAGGCUGUUCAGGCCUGGCAUGCUGCAAGGUUCUUAUCCUUUCUGCCUUUAACAUGGCUUGGGUCCUUGCUGUUUAUCAACUCCGUAGCAGAAGCUACAUACGAUGCGCACAUGGUAAGAGAUAUACGCUUGAGGUACCUACUACAAGACGUCAAGAGAAAUGUCGGGAAUGUCCGCGAGCCAAAUGAGCGCCGCCGGUUGCAUCAGAAUCCUCCGGCGCGACCGGGCACGGACGCCUCCCCACCCGCCCCUGAGCACGAGCGUGAUACCUACGGCAGUCGGCCGGAAAACACCUUUCACGAGUCUACUACCGGACCCGCCGGUAACGUAGCAGCUCAGCCGCCAACAGAGUCAAACUGGGCUCGAAGUGCUCCGCUUCCGCCGCCUCCUGCGAAAUAUCCCGAUUCCGGCUCGCGAUACACAGGCGACUUGGAUCUAUUCGGUGAUGACGGUGAUGACGCUUCACCACUCUCUGCUUCGUCAAGAAGGGCCGAGGCACAGCGGGCCCGGGAUUCGCAAGGUGGCUCGGCUUGGGACCGUAUAAGACAGCAAUCGCAACAAGGCAACAGCGCUCAGUGGGACCGGGGUGACUCCUCUGACCAAGAGAGAGGCUGGGCACACCUGCGACAGGACAGGACCCAAGACCCUAAGGAACGCUCUCCGAGGACCGAUGGAUUCUCCUACAGCCAGCAAGACGAAGAGCGAGAGAGGAGAAACUACGAAAGAGAGCAGGCCCAGAAGGAAUUCGAUGCUCUACUCGAGUCCGAGAGGCGUGGUGGCUCGGGCAGACAGUAGUAGCUCGGUCCGUACAGGAAUUCGAGACGAUUUAUGAGUCCAAACUCAUGAGUCUAGAUCUGUAUCAUUCUGUAAAAAAAAAGCCCGUAGACGCACUCGGCGGCAAUUAAAAAAUGAGACGUCCUCCGACUCCCCUAUACAUGAAACAUGUCGACGCAAGGCCACAAUUU